AUGCAAACGUUCAACAAUCAUUGUCGGAUAUGUGGAGCUCCCGCAGUUUAUGCAUAUUAUGGCGUGGUAUCAUGUCAAUCAUGUAAGAUGUUUUUCAAACGAAACGCUGAUAAUCACAAAAUGAGAGCGUCGUGUAAUUUCAAUGAUCAAUGUGAAAUCAAUAUCAACACUCGACAUGUAUGCGGUGCAUGUCGAUUGAAGAAGUGCAGUGGAUGUGGAAUGACUACCGACAAAUUUCGAGCACCAAUAAUACGUCGACCAAAGAAAUCGAUCCUGAUCAGUCCUCAAGUUCAGAAGCUACCAACAAGAAACCUUCUCGACGCAGAUCAAUCGCUGUUAGACACGAAUCAAUGGAUACUUCUUUCAAAUUUAUUGAAUACCUUCCAAGAAUGCGAAAUGUUCUCGAUAAGUCAACGUUUAUGUGAUACCUAUCACUUAACUGACUAUUCAAAUGAAAACUACCAAUCAUUAAUCGAUGACUUUCUAUCAUGCACUUAUAAAACAACAGAGAAAUAUCUUCGUAUGAAUCAUGACUUUUCAAAAUUGCCGUUUGACGAUCGGACGAUAGUACUUCGAAAUGCUGCUCAUAAAAUAUCUUGUAUGAGCUUUAGUUUUGUUGUGCAAUAUCAUCACUUGUUUGGCUCUAGCGCUUUCUCAAACUCGUUAAUAAUCAGAUACGGACAACAUACAAUAGACUUACACAGGUGGUUAGCGAACCUGGUCGGCUCAGAUGUUGUCUUAGCGAAACUUGCGUUCUCCCUGUUUGCUUGUGGCGAAGAUGUUCAUUCGUAUUUUCCAAGUAUCAAAACCGUUUUUCCGAGUACAAAUCAAGUGUUCGAGAUUCAAAAUAUGUAUGUGGAAAUAGUAUGGAAAUAUCUUCUCUAUAGAUAUGGUCAUGAUCAAUCGGUGAAAACAUUUCUUAAGCUGACAUCCUGGCUCUUGGCACUAAUCGUAUUUCUUAUUCAUGCACAAACUUUGGAAACACAUCUCGAUGAAGUUAAUUCGCUCGUUGAACGAACCGAAAUUGAACUUAUUUUGAAUGAUAUUGAUUAA